AUGUCCAGAUUGCCUAACAUGGAGGCUGCUGCAUCCCCUGCCACCUGUGAGUGGCGUCGCCUCCACGAGGAUGCGGUGAGGGAGGCCACGGCUACCGCGGGAGGGGACCGAGGCAACGGGAGCGGAGGCAGCCAAGCGGGGCUCGGUAUGGUGCCCCGGACCGAGGGCGGUCUGGUGGCCGACGUGGUCUUCGUCAUCGAGGGCAUGGCCAACCUGGGACCCUACUUCGAGGGGCUGUGGAAGCACUACCUGCUGCCGGCCAUCAAGUACUUCGAUGGGGGCCCCCCAGCCGAGACCGACUUUGGAGGAGACUACGGGGGCACCCAGUACAGCCUGGUGGUGUUCAACACCGUGGGCUGCGCUCCUGAGUCCUACAUCCAGUGCCACGCGCCCACCAGCAGCGCUUAUCAGUUUGUCACGUGGCUGGACAGCAUCCAGUUCAUGGGUGGGGGCGGCGAGAGCUGCAGCCUCAUCGCAGAGGGGCUGAGCACGGCCCUGCAGCUCUUCGAUGACUUCAAGAAGAUGCGGAAACAGAUCGGCCAGACGCACCAGGUCUGCCUUCUCAUCUGCAACUCGCCCCGGUACCUGCUGUGGGCCGUGGAGAGCUCCACGUACUCUAGCUACCCCACCGAGAGCCUUGUGCAGAAGAUCAGGGAGCGAGGCAUCCACUUCUCCAUCGUGUCCCCGAGGAAGCUGCCAGCCCUGCGGCUCUUGUUUGAGAAGGCGGCUCCCCUUGCGAAGCUGGAGACGCAGCCGGCAGACGUGAGCCAGGACCCGCGGCACAUGGUGCUGGUGCGAGGCCUCGUGCGGCCUGUCGGUGGAGGUUCUGACCCAGGCCCCCUCCAGCCCAAGCAGCCCGUGCCACUGCCUCUGGCACCACCCCCUGGGACCUCCCUGUCGGCAGCGCCCCCCCCAGCCCCUGCCCCCCCCUACGUCUCCCAGCCUUACCAGGUGUCCAGUAACCUCAGUGCCACCCAGGUGGCUCCUCAGAAUGCGGUGGAUGCUGCCAAGAACCAGAAGGCAGGACUGGGCCCACACUUCUCGCCCAUCAACCCUCUGCAGGCAGUGGCCCCAGGAAAGGUGCCGCCCCCGUUCAGCCAGGCCCCAGGCCCGCCGCUUCCUCCUGGGCCCCCUGGGGCUCCCAAGCUGCUUCCUGCCUCCCAGCCCAGCCUGGUGGCAGCAGUCGCCCCCGGGCCUGGGCUGGCCCCUCCUUCCCAGCCUGGAGGGCCCCCCAUGGCUGGCCCCGUGGCUGCAGCGGGGGUGAGUGACACAAGCCCUGAUCAGUUGGGAGGCCCCGCACUCGGGGCUGGGCAGCAGUCAGUCACUAACAAAGUCCUGGCAUGGAGUGGUGUCCUUGAGUGGCAGGAGAAGCCCAAACCAGCCUCAGUGGGUGCCAACACGAAGCUGAUGUCGCUGCCCUGCCAGGUCUAUGUGAACAAGGGAGAGAACCUGAAGACUGAACAGUGGCCCCAGAAGCUGAUCAUGCAGCUUAUCCCACAGCAGCUGCUGACCACAUUGGGUCCCCUCUUCAGGAACUCCAGAAUGGUCCAGUUUCAUUUUACCAACAAGGAUCUGGAAUCUCUCAAAGGCCGUUACCAUAUCAUGGGCAAUGGCUUUGCUGGCUGCGUCCACUCCCACCACACUGCAUCAUGUGAGGUGUGUGUCCUCAUGCUCCUCUACUCCUCCAAGAAGAAGAUCUUCAUGGAGCUGAUCCCCAAGGACCAGAGCGGCUUCGUCAAUGGCAUCUGCCAGGUCAUCAUCAACCACAAGCAGCCCCAGGCUGGGGGUCCGCCACCCCAGGUCUCCCUCCACCACCUGCAGCCUCCAGGAGCCCAAGCCUGUUGCCUCCCCCACACCAGGGCUUGGGCCAGCCACCCUUGGGCCCAACUUUGCUGCACCCCCCACCUGCUCAGCCUUGGCCUGGACAGCUUCCCCCCACGGGCCCCUCUGCCAGGUCAGAUGCUUUUGAGUGGAGGGCCCAGGGGUCCAGUGCCCCAGCCUGGUCUGUAG